GACGGCUCAGUCGCAGUUUGAAGGAGUGUCGUCGAGUCGUCGGGGCGGAGUGAGUGUGUCUGAUUGGCGUUCGUCUAGAGGAAUUUUGGAGCACCGAAUUGUGGGACUUGAUCGAGCGUUUGCCGUGCCUUAACACCAUGUCCUCGACCAUCGAGAAGAACGAGUACCCGAAGGCAUCGAAUGCCUUGGUACUUGGAGCCAUCCUGUCCUAUGUGGCGUCGAUCUUCCUGAUGAUGAGCUUCUGCUCGCCGUACUGGAUCGAGUCGUACUCGGAAUCGUUCAGUAGCUUCAAGAACAUGGGACUUUGGGAGUACUGCUUCAAGGACUUUACCUACCCGUACUAUCAGUACCCGAGGCUGUUCAACGGAUGUCACCACAUCUUCAGCGAGGAGUACUACGUGAUCCGCGAGUACCUGCUGCCGGCCUGGUUGAUGGUCGUGCAGGGCUUCGUGACGAUGGCCUUCCUGCUGACGUUCGGCUCGUUGAUCAUCAUGGCCUGCGAGCUGGUGCGAUGGCCGCUGAAGCUGGUGCUGCGGUACGAGUGGAUGCUGACCACGGUUUCGUUUGUGGGCGUUGCUUCGUCAUCAUUUUUCAUGUUCUUGGCGGUUGCCAUCUUCGGUGGAAACGCCUACCGUCGCGAUUGGCUGAUGUACCCCAAGUUCAACGUGCUUUCGUGGUCGUACGCCCUGGCCGUGGUAUCGUUCAUGAUUCUGGGACUGGCCGCACUGCUGCUGUACCGGGAAGCUAAGAAAUCCUACGAACUUCGCCGGGAAGCUAAAAAUCUGGUAAUGCAGAUGCAGAUGCACGAACCGGGCUAUCACCCAUCGCACCACACCAGCCGAAGCCUGCACAGUGGCGGAUACAUAUAAACUGUUUUUGUCCUUUGGAACAGUCUAAUCUAAAACUCCUUAUGUAACAAUGCUAAUCGCUGACCAUUUCAGCAAAGGAAAUAAUUAUCAAAUUACGCAUUCAACGGUAGGUGUGCUUCGAGAAACACACACAAACACAAAAACAAAUGAACACACAAUCUCACAAUCAUUAACUGUAAAAGACACGCAAAUUGCACGCAGGGAACCAAAUGAAACAAGCAAAAAUCGCCCAAGUCUCCUCGGCAGCAGCAGCAGCAGGUUGAUAUUCCAAUCAGAACUUCUUCCAUCACCUUUAUCACUUUUAUGCAAGGAAGGACCAAUCCAACCCCAGUGCUGCUAGCGCCCGCGAGGGGACGUAAAACACUGCACUAAAUGUGGCCUUAGACAAACAAAAAAAGAAAACAUCUUUGGACGCGAGGUUAAUUAAUACUUCGUCCUGUUUUUAAUGUUCGCCAAGCGUAAAACCAGAGGGAAACUUCGAACUUUUCCAAUUUUACUACACGAUACAUUUACAACAUAUACUAAAACAUGAAAUCAAUUUCCACAGGAAAAAAACACACAAAACAAAUCCAAUUAGUAGUUUUGUAGUCAUUUUCGGUAGAUUUUACGACGUGCCCAUCCGGGUUGCGUCACAUAUCAGUAAAAAAUCGUACUUUAUUAGCAAUCUUUGGCGUUCGAUUUGCAUUUUUUUUUAAUUUGAGUCAUCUCGCGCGACAUUCCGUCCUUUUUUAAAAUCUGUUUUCGAAAUAAAAAAAAUUAACUAAUAAGAUAGUUAAGGUAUUAAUUUUAAGCUUUGUUCAAAACUUUCACAAAAAGACAAACGAAAGUAUUGCGAUAAGUGGCGCUUUGCACUUUAGAUUGUUCUCGAUUAAGUAUUUACUUCCAAGAAUCUCGAAUUAGUUUGCCGUCCAAUUUAUUAUUAACGAUCGAAAAUACGAAACACACAAACAAUAGCAUCGGACAUCAUUAGUUGUAGACAACAAUAACUAGGGAAGCAUUUUGAAGCGAUGUUUACAAACAUAUACACACACUUGAGCAGGAAAUAAUCCAGGAUAGAAUCUGAGCAUGUAGUUUGUACACCAUUUUUAUAACGAGUCGUAUACACUUAUACCCCCUUUAAUGGAAAUAAAUGUUGUAGAAAGUAAAGCAGAAUGA